GAAUGGGAUCCAGAUAUAUUCAUGGUAGACGAUGCUAGAGAAGAAAUCAAAGCAAUCAAGGAAAGCCUUCCCAAUUGUACAGUAUUACUCUGCCACUUUCAUAUGUUAAGAGCCUGGCAUAGAAAAUUAAAUUAUCAUCAAG